CAUUUCCCAAGAAAGAUGGCCCCUGCUAAGAAAACCACGUCCACCAAGACCGCCGGCGCCAAGAAGGCCGUCGCCACCGCCCGCCGCGUGCUCAAGGGCAAACACGGCAAGGUCGUGGAAAUCCGCACCAAGACCCACUUCUACCAGCCCAAGACCUUGAAGUUGGCGCGUGCCCCCAAGGUCGUCCGCAAGUCGGUGCCUUCGCGCAACAAGUUCGACAAGUACCGCAUCAUCAAGUCCCCGUUGACGACUGAAUCGGCCAUGAAGAAGAUCGAAGACAACAACACGUUGGUCUUCCUUGUCGACAAGCUCGCCAACAAGCGCCAAAUCAAGGACGCCGUCAAGCAAUUGUACGACAUCAAGGCGUUGAAGGUCAACACUUUGAUCAGACCCGAUGGCCAAAAGAAGGCGUAUGUCCGCCUUACCGCCGAUUACGACGCGUUGGAUGUGGCCAACCGCAUCGGCGUGAUCUAAAUGUGUUUCCAUGGGAAACGUAGUAUACAAGAACAAUGUUCUUGUAUCGCGUGGUUAGCUAGCCUGGAUGAGUUCUUGUCUAAUACAAGGGAUGCCAUCUUGUUGAUAUGUUCACAUAGACGCCCUCCUGUCCAUGGAGUUGGCGCAUACAUCGAAAGCUUGGAAGUAGGUAAUACAUCGUGCAGCGAGGUGAUCUUAUUUGUGUAUUCGUUCUGAAGAACUUGGGGUUGCAAUGCUGCUGGAGGCGGUAGGUACGUGGAGGUGCGGAAGGGUGUAGGUAGGUGGAGAAGUCUCCGCUGGCUGCAUGAAGCGGGUGAUCUUUGUCAGAAGACGCCUCUUCCGAGGCGUUUCUGACUGUGGGUCUAGCAUGUAGCUAGCUUCGCUGUGCUUGCCAUACAUCGUCGUCGGCCUUCGGUCGCCGCCACAUGGAUCGAAG